CUACCCUGACUGGCCAGCGUACGGGUGCUUCGAGGCUUCUGUUUCUCCGCGAGUGGGCUAUUUAGAAAAGGCUGUAAUGUGGAGCUGCAGUUUUGAGGAAUCAAGUGGUAAUUAGAGGGGGUCUUUGUGGUAUAGAAUCAAGUAUGCUGAGCUACUUCUAGAGACAGGAGCUGAAGUGGAGCUUCAGCAACAUACAGGGAAACUUUUACAGUGACAGUUGCUUGGUUGAGUAAGGUCUCCUAAGGAUAGCAUUCUCUGAUCUCUCAAGAUGACAUCUGUUGCAGUACUGGAAGAGGUGCUGUUUUCCAUUGAAAAUGAGCUGCAGGCAGUGGAGAUGCAGAUUCAGGAGCUUGUGGAUAAGCAACAGGAACUCAUUGAAAAGAAGAUGAGGGUAAAGAAUCUGAUAAAGCAGUCCUCGGGAGAGUUGGAGGCAAGUGGGAGUACAGAAACUGAAACCUCACCCACAGCAUGGAACAAAAAAGAUUUUCCAUGGUAUGAAAAGAUAAAAACUGCACUGCAGAGCAAGUUUAAACUGCAGAAGUUUAGGUCCUUGCAACUUGAAACUAUAAAUGCUGCAAUGUCAGGAAAGGAUAUAUUUCUUGUCAUGCCUACAGGUGGUGGAAAGAGCCUUUGCUAUCAGCUACCAGCUGUCUGUUCUGAUGGUUUCACACUUGUGGUGUGUCCUUUGAUAUCACUUAUGGAAGAUCAGCUCAUGGUUUUGGAACAGCUUGGUAUUUCUGCAACUUUAUUAAAUGCUUCAAGCAGCAAGGAACAUGUGAAGUGGGUUCAUUCUGAAAUGCUAAACAGAAAUUCACAACUGAAGCUCAUUUAUGUGACCCCAGAGAAGAUUGCAAAAAGCAAAAUGUUCAUGUCAAAGCUAGAGAAAGCUUAUCAAGGGGGGUGUCUUGCUCGCAUUGCGGUUGAUGAGGUCCAUUGCUGUAGUCAAUGGGGCCAUGAUUUCAGGCCAGACUACAAGUCUCUAGGUAUCUUGAAAAGACAGUUUCCCAAUACUCCCUUGAUUGGACUGACAGCAACAGCUACAAAUCAUGUUUUAAAGGAUGCUCAGAAAAUUUUGCACAUUCAGAAGUGCAUUACCUUCACUGCAUCUUUCAACCGCCCCAAUCUUUACUAUGAGGUUCGACAUAAGCCUUCAAAUAAUGAAGAUUUCAUUGAGGAUAUAGUUAAGAUCAUUAAUGGAAGAUACAAAGGACUUUCAGGAAUCGUUUACUGUUUUUCUCAGAAAGAUUCUGAGCAAGUUACUGUGAGUUUGCAGAAACUGGGAAUCAAGGCUGGUACUUACCAUGCAAACAUGGAUGCUAAAUAUAAAACCAAAGUUCAUAAAGGAUGGUCAGCAAAUCAAAUCCAGGUUGUAGUGGCGACUGUUGCUUUUGGCAUGGGAAUUGAUAAGCCUGAUGUGAGGUUUGUAAUUCAUCAUUCUAUGAGCAAAUCCAUGGAGAACUACUACCAAGAGAGUGGACGUGCAGGUAGAGAUGACCAAAAAGCUGACUGUAUUUUGUAUUAUGGUUUUGGAGAUAUAUUCAGAAUCAGCUCAAUGGUAGUGAUGGAAAAUGUAGGGCAAGAGAAGCUGUAUGAUAUGGUGUCUUACUGCCAGAAUAUGAACAAGUGUCGUCGGGUCCUCAUAGCUCAUCAUUUUGAUGAAGUGUGGGAUUCUGCAAACUGCAACAGAAUGUGUGAUAACUGUUGUAGAGAGAACUCAUGUGAGAAAAUGGAUAUAACAGGAUACUGCAGGGAUCUAAUCAAGAUACUCGAGCAAGCUGAAAGAAUGAGUGAGAAACUCACCCCACUGAAAUUAAUUGAUGCAUGGUCUGGGAAAGGUGUUUCUAAACUCAGGGUGGCUGAAGUUACUCCACCAAAGCACCCUCGAGAGGAACUGGAGAGGAUUAUUGCCCAUCUACUGCUGCAACAGUAUCUGAAGGAAGACUUCAGCUUCACAGCAUUUGCUACAAUAUCCUACCUGAAGAUAGGACCAAAAGCAGAUCUGCUGAAAAACAAGGCACACGUCAUCACUAUAGAAGGGAUAACAAACAAGAAAAGUGUUUACAAGGACAAACCAUCUCAGUCUUCAAAUUCAAAAGAAAGCAGAGAACAUGCUCAGACUGUUUCAAAGACUGUCCAAGAUUCUGUGGUGAAGAAGUCACAGAAACAUAAAGGACCUAACUGUGGUUCUGGUGUAAAGGUAAAGAAGCUUAAGCUACAGGCAGGUGGAGAUGACCAACCAGUAGUUCUUGACUGAGUCUCACAGACCAUAUUUAGGAUCUAACCAUGUUUGCCUCUCCAUGGACAAUGCAGUUUGUAAGUUCAGUUUCCUUUUUCAGUAACUUUUUUUUUCAUUUUUAAAAAUAAAAACAAACUGUGGG